AUGUUCGCCUUGAGCAACUUGGUGGGUACUCCCCGACCCAGCGGAUCCGCACUCGAGUUCACCCCCAUUGGUCGGCGUAGAGACGGUUCCUCGCGGAAUAAAUCGUCGCCUGUACCUCAAAGAAUGACACUCAACAACGAGAAAAUCAACAAUACGCUAGUGGAGUCUACAUUUGAUAAUACCACAGAACAUUUUGACACCUUGCAGUCGCUAGGAAAUGAGGGGCUUAUAGGCAAAACCCACCAGAACUUCAAAGGAUUCGAUCUGGGAGGAAUGUUCGAUAGUACUUUCAAAUCACGCCUGGCAAUUGUCAACGAUGGCUCAAAUUCGAUCCAAGAUCUUCAGAAUGAGAAUAAAGAACUUCAGGCGGAGAAUUACAACUUGAAAAUCGAGGUAGCCACGCUAACAAAGUAUUUGAAGCAGACUCCAGAGGAAAACAGAAACUUGGCCUACGAGAACGUCGAGUUGAAACAGCAGUUGAUGAAGGCUAUGAACGAACUCGACGGCAAAGCGUCUUCAACAGCACUGGAUCUGGCUGAAAGCUUGAACUCAAUGCGUGCGCUGUAUAAGGAGAUCAUAGAAGAAAAGGACCAUGACAUUCAUCAACUUCAGCUAAAAAAUUCCGAGUUGAUGCAACAAAUAAGAAACACUUCUGCAAGUGACGAGCUAUUGAAUAAAAUGGAGUUUUUACAAACUGAAAACCAGACACUUAGACGCAGGUUGGAUGAUGUAUCCAAUAAUGAUGUUGAUAUGGCUGCUGUCCACGAGGAAAACAAUGAUUUGAAAUCAAAGUUGUCCAAUCUUGAGCGCAAGUUAGCCCUGAUCCCGCUAGAUACUUCUGCAAAAGUGCAGAAUUUGAGUGAAGAGAACCAGUUUCUCGAGAAAAAAAUCGAAUCAAUCCAACAAGAACUCAAAGAUGCCGAACGCGAGCAAAGUUCUAUGGAGUCAGCAAUCAGGCAACUACGCUCUGAAUUGGAAGAUAAAGAGGACGAAGUACUGCGCCUACGCCUGGAAUAUAAAGACGUCCAAACUCGAUCAGUGGACGCUUCAAAGUCGAAUUUGAGAUUGCAGGAGGCAACACAAGAGUCACUCGAGUUGAAAUCCAAGUUGAGACGUCUAGAGACUCAAACCAGAGAUGAGCUCGCAGACAAAGAGGCCCAGUUACACAGACUUGAGAAUAAGGUCAGAUCCCUAACGAAAGAGCUCCACACGAAGGAAAGUUAUGAGUCUGAACUUCGAAAUCAAGUUCAGUCAUUAUUGGUGGAAAAAAACUCUGCAUUUGACAAUCAAAGUCUUCUCAAGCAUUAUCAAUCGCAGAUCGAAACAUUGCAGAAUAAGGAAUCGGCAUUAACUGAUGCCAACAAUGAACUUAAAGAUGAGAUUGCCAAGCUUCAAGAUGAACUUUAUUCAAUGAGCUCAGAAUCGGAUCGAGCUGCAAAGUUGAAGGAAGAAAUUCACGAGUUGGAGAACAAGCUUGAUUUCUACGAAAAAGAGUAUAGUCUUCUACAAGAUGCUUUGGAGAACGCAGAGUUGGAGUCCGAAUCGCUUAAAGCGAAGGAAAGAGGGUCUGAUAGGAAAGUGCAUGAUUUGAACAGGGAGAUCGACAAUUUGACUUCAAAACUUCGGCGAACAGAACUCUCAGAAUCUCAAAAAUACAAUGAGUCGGCAUUAUUUGAACUUGAGUCAGUUCACAAGAAGCGCGAGGAUGCUGAGAGAUCGCGUCUCGAACUCCAAAUUGAUACUUUAAACGAACAAAUUCGGAAGCUUCAAGAAGAGCUCCGCCGUUCUAAAUCCUCUGAGCCGUCUACUGGUGAGGAGUACCACAAAUAUCUCAGAGAGCGCAGCAAGUUGCAAAUGGAGCUUGAUGACAAAGACUUACAACUAGAAGAACAAAGAAGAAAGUACUCUAAACUUGAGAAUAUGAUAAAGGAUAAGGACUCUCUCGUUGAAGCAUUGGAGUCCAGAAUUAGAGACCUCAAUAGAGACUACAGGUCUAAUGCUUUCACGGAAGAUUCAAAUAAGUCUGAAAUUUACAAGAUCAAAUCUGAUUUUGAGUUCCGCUUACGCACCCUUCAGAAUGAGAACGACAAGUUGCAAAGAGACUUAGAAGACCAAAUCAGGUACUACCAAACCAAACUUGAUGUUUUCAUGGAGCGGGAAAGAUAUGAUUCAGUCUCCAACAACUCUUCAUCAUCAAUGGUUGCCUUGCUUGAGAGUCAAUUAGAAGAAGUUCGUCGUCUGAAUAAAGAACUUUCUGAUAAGCUAACACUUGCACAAACAUUCAACAAGUCAGAGUCUGAUCAAUUGCUGAGCGAAUACCGAACUAAGCUUCUGGAUCUUCAAGCGAAGCUUGUGCAAGCUCAGGCUGACAAACUGCAGCUCCAGGAAACAGUUGACGCUUUGGAAUUGGAUACUAAGAUUCUCAGAUCGGAUAAGAAUAGACUUGAAAUGAGAUCGAGAAACUUAAACCAGGAACUCAGCAGAGCUUCUAAACAUUGCACUAAGCUUGCCAGCAAACUUAAUGACAUGACCAUGAUGGAGUCAAAAAAUUUAAACAAAAACUCCGACGAAAUCUUGCGUUUGAGAAGGGCCAACGUUCAACUUCAAGGUCAGAUUGAUCAGCUAAAUUCCAAGUUGACGUCUGCCAAGUUUGCGUCGCUGGCGAAAGGUGAUAAUAGAUCAUCUGCCGAAACCCGACUCUUGAGAAACGAGCUUCACUACUAUAAGGCGAAGCUCUUUGAUUUGAAUAUGCGGGCCAAUGACUUGGCAGUGAUGAACAGUUUUGUGAUGUCGUCCAUCAAGAACUCUAACCAGAUGAUCAAGAACGACAUUGUGAAGCUCACACAAUGUGGAAUCUACCCUGAUUAUGCCGAAAUGAAACGCAAGCAAGGAGGAGAGAAAAUCACCUUCAAAGUGUUGGCGACGUUUGUGUUGAGUAUGGUGCGUCUCAAAAAUCGUCUCGAGAAGGCGGAAGACCGGCGUGCCAAGAUGCAACAUCUCAGGGGAGAAAUAGACAGGGAUAAAAUUACUUUACUAGCAGAGUGA